AUGCGAACUACCCCUGCUCUGGCGCUCAUCGCCACGUUCCUCGCUUCGUCGGCUGUAGACGUCCUCGCCUCGCCUCAAGCUGGUCUUGGGCACGCGCCAGCCAAUGCUCGCGGAAGCUGCUCUCUUGCUGGACAGCACCCCGACAGCGACGCUGGAUCGUCUCCGGUCACCACCAAACAUACGCACCACCAACACCACCACCAUCAUCACCACAAGAAGAUGCACAAGAAAAAGGUCAAGGGACAAUGCGCUGUCGAUCCCAAGGGCCAAGAGUCGUACGGACAGCCUCCUCAGAGUGGCGGCUCCAAGAACGCUGACGCGCCUCCUGCCACAGGCACUGACGCUCCUAGUCGUGGUAGCGGCGGCCAAGUCUCUCCUGGCAACGGCUCUCAGAAAGGAAAUGCUCCACCAGGUGACUCGAGCUCCGGCUCUGGUGCUGGCACGAAGCCAGAGGGCUACACGGGUGGUUCGCAGCCCGGCACGAGCUCUGGUAGUGCUUCUGGCGACAAGCCAUCGACCGACGACAACAGUCCUACAGGGUACUCGAGCCCCAGCGCUGGUUCUGGCACGAAGCCGGACGGCUAUGCGAGCGGUCCGCAGCCGGGCGCGAGCUCUGGCAGUGCUUUCGAUCACGGAUCGUAUGGCAAGGCACCUCGUCAAGGUCAAGGAAGCGCCGGCCCUGCACCUGUAGGCUACAGCCCCAGCUCGGGCAAGUACAAGGGCGCUCAAGGCACCGGUCUGCUCUGCAAAGGUGUGCGCUCCACCACCGUGCUCACUCCCACCAGCUCGGUUCAGCCCUCGUGGUUCAGCCCGGAUCUGAUCCACCACGGUCCCGGCACGCAAUUCGGCGGUCCCGGCCUGUGGCAAGGCGGAGCAUGCAUGCUCGACAGCCUGCCUCACACCAACCUCCCCUCGAUCGCAAUGGACCAGUCGUUCUUCCAAGACGGUCUGGCAUGCGGCACUUGCGUCGAGAUCGGCCCAACCUCCGCAUCCCAGUUCAGCAACAGUGCGGUGUGGACCGUCGAGAAACCCCGCCGAGGCACGCUGCCGGCGGGCAAAAAGACCGUAGCGAUCGUCUCGGACCUCUGCCCGGGCGUCAACCAAUGCUUCUCCGGACUCGACAUGCACCUUGAUGCCUGGAACAGCGUCACGAGCAAUGCCGACGGCAGCAAGCUCCCCGUCAACUGGCGGUUCGUCAACUGCAAAGAUGCCUUCGAGGGCAGCGGGAUUGAGAAGCUCCAGGUGCACUGGCGCGAAGGGUGCAACCCGGGCUUCUUCCAGGUCCAGAUCCGCGGUAGCCACGAGGCCGUGGUCAAGGUCGAGAUGCGCUGGAGUGGACAGGGGUGGAAGGAGGCUAGCCAUGUGGAUGCCAGCUGGUGGAAGUGGGAUCUGGGCGGUGCUGCUGGUUUCGAUCAGGCCAAGACGGGCGUCAUGUUCAGAAUCACGGAUUGGCAGGGCCAGACUAUCGCUUCGGAGAUCAGCACGCUGAUGGGAACGGAUCUCUUCUUCGAUGCUAACUUUGAUAGCGUUGCCUCAGAUCAGUACUAA